AUGGUCCUAAACACAAAUGACCCCACCCGCCCUGGAAACUCAGCCGGAGUAGCUUUUGUCCUAAACAAAGAACUCACCAAUACCGCCUCAGCCAAAAUGAAGACUCUAAUCCCAGGACACGCAGCCACACUCUCCCUAAAAUGGCACAAUAAUGAAAACAUAAACAUCCUAAACGUAUAUGCACCAAACAACACAAGUGAACACCCCUCCUUCUGGGAAAAAGUAAAAACAGAAUGGCAAAGAUGCGACAUUGGACAAAUAGACCUCAUGGCGGCACCCACCCACCUCGAUAAUGAAAGAGCAAUAGACGCCCUGAGAGACCUGAGAUCAGCUCUAAACAUGCAAGAUACAUGGCGGAUGUCAUACCCCCAACACAGAAUAUUCAUGUUCAGCAGCAACCACAAUACCCUGUCCUGCCUAGAUAGAAUAUUCUUGUCAGAUAAACACACUGAGAGCCUUAUAAACUGGGACUCACAAAUUUGCCAAAUCCCUACCGACCACCACAUGGUCACGGUAAGAUGGUCAUGGCCAAUGGGAAUAAUAUCAGAUGACACACUUCAAAAAAACAUCAUCACAUUAGGUAUUGAAACACAACAAAAAAUAAUAGAGAACGAACAAAGGAAUGAGGAUGCAAACCCCCAAAUAAUCUGGGAAAAAUUCAAAGACGACAUGAUCAACCUUGCUAAAAAAAACCGCAAAGACCCACCUCGCCAGAAUCAACCAACAUAUAAAGCGACUGACAAAAGACCUACAGAAAACAUUGAACAUCAGAGAUAUUGA